CAUACACGGCGAAACCAAAAGGAAACUAACUCCGACGACCGACACGACGGCGGCAUCCCGGACCCCGAGCCGGCCGCCGCGUCCGGGAGCGUCGCUGUUGAAUAGGUCAAGUCCACCCCGCGUCGGACGGAGUCCCGCUCCCACUCCCACCUUAUCCCGAACCAACCCGCGAGGGGUUGCGCCAUGAGGAAGACCUUCUGCUUCGGGGGCAGCCGCUUGGCCAGGAGGAUGUCGGAGCGGGCGCCGAUGGUCGACGGGUGCGUGUUCUGCGACAUCGCCCGCCGCGGCCCCACCUCCACCACUGCUCUUCUCUACUCCGAUGACAAGGUCGUGGCCUUCCGCGACAUCAACCCGUCGGCGUUCAGGCACUAUCUUGUCAUACCCAUUGAUCAUAUACCAACUGUAAAUAGCCUCCAUAAAACCAAAGAUGAUCACCAGUUAGUCAGUCACAUGGUGAAGGUGGGGAAAGACUUGCUCAAUCAAGAUGCUCCCAAUUCUGAGGAACACAGGUUUGGGUUCCAUCAGCCCCCAUUUAAUAGUGUCAAUCACCUUCAUCUUCAUUGCCUGGCACUUCCCUUUAUGCCCAGUUGGAGGCAAGUAAAAUAUACCCCUCUGGGACCUUUAGGGGGUUUUAUCGAAGCUGAAAAGCUAUUGGAAAGAAUAAAACCAGAAGCGGAAGUAUACAGUUAGCAUUUAUAUUUUACUGAUACUUGCUAUCCCUGCUUAUUUGCAUUAUUUUGUACUCUUAUUUAUGGGUCAAUCACUGUUUGUACAUUAUGUGAGUAUUUACUCUCUUCCCUCUUUUGUAACCAUCAGUUGCCGCGCGUUGUGUAUUGUAGUCACUGGUUGGACUUCUCUGAUAAUGUUGAACUAAAUGAAACUAACCACUCUAGAAGUUACACUGAGCUUUCAUUC